AUGAGUGGAGACGAAGCCAAGAAUAACGACUUCUACGUCAGAUACUAUGUUGGACACAAGGGAAAAUUCGGGCACGAAUUCUUGGAAUUCGAGUUCCGCCCAAAUGGAGCUCUUCGAUAUGCGAACAACUCAAACUACAAGAAUGAUACGAUGAUCAGAAAAGAAGCAACCGUUUCAGAGGCAGUUCUCAAUGAGCUCAAGAGAAUUAUUGAGGACUCGGAAAUUAUGCAGGAAGAUGACGCCAACUGGCCAGAACCGGACAAAGUUGGACGUCAAGAGCUCGAAAUUUUGUUCAAUAAUGAACAUAUAUCGUUCACCACUGGAAAGAUUGGAGCUCUCGCUGACGUGAACAACAGCAAGGAUCCGGAUGGUCUCCGCUCAUUCUACUAUCUUGUGCAAGACUUGAAAUGUCUUGUAUUUUCACUCAUUGGUCUCCACUUCAAAAUCAAGCCAAUCUAA